GGGAGGAGGGAAGUGUCGGUGUAGUGGGGGAGCGCUGUUCUCCUGUUACACGGGUAAACUGAGGACCCUAGGCAUUAAACACACAUCACACAUUUUAAAGAAAACACUCCAUUUCCAGAUAAAUCAAUCCUCAAGGAGAGAUUAACGGGAAGACAAAAAGAAAAACGACAUCAUAUUCCAGGUACCCGACACUGUUGAGGGUUUUAAACUCCAAAAACCGCUCAGCUACAUGCUAAGUGUCCUUCACUGACUUCCCACCACCACAGCAAGUGUUCAGUCCAGCACAGAUCUCAUCAACAUGGACGAGGGCUACCGAGACCGAUCGGCCUUCAUCAAGGGCGCCAAGGACAUCGCCAAGGAAGUGAAGCGGCAGGCAGGGAAGAAAGUGGGCCGUCACGUGGACCGCAUGGCUGACGAGUACACCAAGCGCUCGUACACACGCUUCGAGGAGGAUGAUGAUGACGAUGAUUACCCCGUGCAGGCGCAGGAUGGGAGCUACUACCGCAGCAACAGCCGUGCCAAUGACGACGAUGACGCUGCGCACAGUGACUCCACCGAGGGCCACGACGAGGACGAUGAGAUCUACGAGGGCGAGUACCAGGGCAUCCCAAGACAGGACUCGUCAGCAGGCAAGGCGGACGGGCAGGCAGGUGGAGCGGCACGGGUGCAGCAUCGCGACCUGGCGCAGUACGAGGGCGAGAGACGCAAGGAUCAGGAAGAGCUGGCGCAGCAAUACGAGACCAUCCUGCAGGAGUGCGGCCACGGACGCUUCCAGUGGACGCUGUACUUCGUCCUGGGGCUGGCACUCAUGGCCGACGGCGUGGAGAUCUUCGUGGUCGGCUUUGUGUUACCCAGCGCUGAGAAGGACAUGUGCCUGUCGGAGCCUAAUAAAGGCAUGCUGGGACUCAUUGUCUACCUGGGCAUGAUGGUGGGUGCUUUUGUGUGGGGCGGUCUGGCUGAUCGGAUCGGCCGCAGACAGACUCUGCUCAUCUCUCUCUCCAUCAACAGCGUCUUUGCUUUCUUCUCCUCUUUUGUCCAAGGAUACAGCUCCUUCCUGUUUUGCCGCCUGCUCUCUGGUGUUGGGAUUGGAGGGUCCAUCCCUAUAGUCUUCUCAUACUACUCUGAGUUUUUGGCUCAGGAGAAGCGUGGUGAACAUUUGAGCUGGCUCUGCAUGUUCUGGAUGAUCGGGGGAAUCUAUGCUUCAGCCAUGGCGUGGGCCAUCAUCCCCCACUAUGGCUGGAGCUUCCAGAUGGGCUCGGCCUAUCAGUUCCACAGCUGGAGAGUGUUUGUUCUGGUGUGCGCUUUCCCCUCGGUGGCUGCCAUCGCUGCUCUCAACACCAUGCCAGAGAGUCCACGCUUCUUCCUGGAGAAUGGGAAGCAUGAUGAAGCCUGGAUGAUCCUGAAACAAGUUCAUGACACCAACAUGAGGGCCAAGGGCUACCCAGAGAGGGUCUUCUCUGUGACCAACAUUAAGACCGUGAAGCAGCUGGAUGAAUUGGUGGAUAUGGGAGAUGACACCACAGCCUGGCACCAGCGCUGGAAGCUCAAGCUCAUUAAUCUGUUUCAUCAGGUUUGGAACAACUUCCUGACUGUCUUCAAUCCAGAGUACCGCCGUGUCACCUACAUGAUGAUGGCUGUCUGGUUCUCCAUGUCGUUCAGCUACUACGGCCUGACCGUGUGGUUCCCUGACAUGAUCAAAUACCUGCAAAAGCAGGAAUACAACUCGCGCACUAAGGUCUUCAUCAAGCAGAAAGUGGAGCACAUGACCUUCAACUUCACCCUGGAGAACCAGAUCCAUCGUCAGGGAGAGUACUUCAACACCAAGUUUUUGAAUCUCAAGAUGAAGUCCAUGGUAUUCGAAGACUCCCUGUUUGAAGAGUGUUACUUUGAGGACAUCACCUCCACCAACACCUUCUUCAAGAACUGCACCUUCAUCGCUACCCUCUUCUACAACACAGAUUUGUUUAAAUACAGGCUGAUCAACAGCCGCCUCAUCAACAGCACCUUCCUGCAUAACAAAGAGGGCUGCCUGCUGGACUUCAGUGAUGAGAACAACGCCUACAUGAUCUACUUUGUCAGUUUCCUGGGCACGCUGGCUGUCCUGCCUGGGAACAUCGUGUCCGCUCUGCUCAUGGACAAAAUUGGACGCCUGAGGAUGCUGGCCGGCUCCAGCGUGAUCUCCUGCGUCAGCUGUUUCUUCCUGUCGUUUGGGAACAGCGAGUCGGCCAUGAUCGCCCUGCUCUGUCUGUUUGGGGGAAUCAGCAUUGCGUCAUGGAAUGCCCUGGAUGUACUCACGGUAGAACUGUACCCAUCUGAUAAGAGAACUACGGCUUUCGGAUUCCUGAACGCUCUGUGCAAGCUCGCCGCCGUGCUGGGGAUCAGCAUCUUCCAGUCCUUUGUGGGCAUCACCAAAGCCGUGCCCAUCCUGUUCGCCUCGGGGGCGCUGGCGGCCGGCAGCUUCUUGGCGCUGAAGCUCCCGGAGACGAGGGGGCAGGUGCUUCAAUAGUGUGGCCUCCGUGCCAGCAGGCGGCAGCGUUGAAUUAGGGAGAAUCCCCCUGCAGUGUGAUCCCGAUCCCCCAAUCUAUCACACAUUUUGUCAGAUUUGGAUUUUUAGAUGGUAUAAAAUAUCCCCUUCAUUUUCUUCAACACAGUGAUGGUUCUUAUUAACACGUUAGAUAGUUGGUGAGAUGCCAGAAAACAUCUUAAUCCCGUCAGUCAUCCAGUCAUCAGACCAGUUUUAUGUAAAUGACCAUGGAUCAGAUACAUUUCCAUUAAAAGUCACAGUUUAUUUUACAUAUCAAUAUGUUCAAGUGGCACAGUCCUGACCCCUAUAAUCAGCGUCCUUACAGGGAGAACAGAGGUCGUGUGUGUGUGUGUGUGUAUGUGUGUGUGUUGAACAACUGCCAUUUUAGACACAUUCCAGUUUGUUUUGUAGUUUGAGCGUGUUAACUGGCCAGUGAUGAGUUUGCCCUUUAAUCUUCGUCCAUGGCAUUACAGUGAGGUGAGAGCGUGUCGUCAGUCAGUCAGUAGAUCUUUUCUGCACGGACAGUGUUUGCUCUUAGUGUGGUUCUGGUUGUUGUUGUUGGUUGUUGUUGUUUUCUUCGCUCACAGUGUCCUGAGAAUUUUAUUUUUCGAGCAACUGUUGAAACUGUACGAAAAAAAAGAUUUUAAGAUCAUAGCUACAGAGAGAAAUCUUUCAAAAUUGGUUUAAUUGAAAGCGUUGUGCAUAGUGAAGGCAUAAUGAAGAGUGGACGUAACCGUAUGGAAAAAAAAAAGUGCUCCCCAUUCACAUCUUCGGUCCAUGACGAACUGACCUACUGUACAUUCACGUAAUUUGCAUUUACGCUGUCUAACACAGCGGUUCAGUAGUUACGACCCAUCAUUCCUUCCUUAUGUGUUUCUUAAACUUCACAAUUUAUCGUCUGCCAACAAUGAAAUGUUUUGUUUUGUUUUGUUUUUUUUUAAAAAAAAAAGAAAAAAAAAAGAAAAAAUUAUGUUUCUUCUUCCAUCGGCACAAAUCUCUUUGGGGAAAAAAAGACUAAAAAUGACAGAAAGCGUGAGGGGAAAAACCAUAUCAAGCACAAGAUGGUUUGAUAAGACUAUCAAAACAAGGUUAAGGUUUAUUUUGAAAACUGAUGUAAAUGCUGUAUUGAAUAUAAAUAUACAGUUUAGUCUGUCUGUCCUGAACACACUAACAGCUCAUAUUCUAUAUAUAAAUAUAUAAAUAUAUAGGAGAAAAAAUUUCAGAUUCUGAAAUGAAUUUUCAGUUUCCAGUGAAAUAGUACCAUAAUGUCUUAGAUAGGUUCUACUCUAUGUCUGUAUAUAUACAGUAUCAGUUUGCUAAGGUAAUAUUUUUAACUAGACAUAUUCAGACAGAACAAGUUAAUAGAAAUGCAAUCUGCACAUCACGGUCACAUCAGCGACGCGUCUGUUCCUUUUCUGUUCUCACAACGAUGGUGACGAUGAUGAUGAUGCAGUACCUGUAGGUGUGUGUAUGUGUGUGCGUGAAUGUGCUUGCAUGUGAAACGUCGAGUGUUCCACAGAUUUGUAUUUAUUUAAUUAUUUAUUUAUAUGAGAGUUUGAUUUUAUAGUAUUUUUUACUUUGGAUGUCUGUAGUGGCACACGCAGGGUGAUGUUUUUAUUGUCGUUGACGUCGUCACAACAGGAUAAAAAAAAAUAUUAGACGCUGAGACAGUUUAAUGAAAAUGCUGAACAUUAAAAUGAGCUAAAAAAAAAAUCUGGGUAAGAGUGAAGAGCACACAAAUAACAAACACGAUUUUAACCCAGGAGAUUUUUUUCUUUUUCUUUCAAUUAUAAACCUGAUUGAGUUCCACCUAAUAAUCUACGAGUAAUGACUGCCUUUCCACCGACUCUACAGAUCGAUUAGCAAAAAAUAAAUAAAUAAAAUGCUUCCGUUUGCAGGUGACACUCUUCUUUACUGCCAUUUUGUAGGAUAGCAGCCAUAUUCUAGAUGCACUCAGUAAGAGAAACACAUAGUGUAAGAGUUAAGAUGCUCUCCUUCAUUUUGCCAUUAAGCUCAUAGUAGUUUUCCGAAGUAGUCCAGGACAUCAUCGCAAACGAUUUGAAGCACAAUCUGACAUCUCCAGUCUACUGCUUCUGACCAGAUCACAUUUUAAAUCACAGUUUAUACAGAGAAUACGAGGGAAAGCUCAAUCUGCGCUCUCCUUAUGCUUAGAAUCAUCUACUCGGUGCAAAAAAAAAACAAUGCACAAAAAUUAAGAGGCUUUUUUAAGAUGCCAGUACAGAUCUCUUUGAUCCUCUUUUAUGUCACGUUUUCAUCAGUGAUAAUACUUAAAAAAAAAAAAAAAAAAAUUACAA